AUGACUGAAUCACUCAACCCUCCACUGUCUUACGAGGCAUCUGCGACCACUACUCACCCUCAUGUCGCUACUUCGUUGCCAUCCGAGGUCAUCUCAUGUCUUAAGAACUCCCGCUUCUUGCAUCUAGCAACAUGCGAUGACAAGACACCUCACAUCUCCCUGAUGUCUUACACCUAUCUUCCUUCGACCCCCUUUGACCCGUACCCCACCAUCAUCAUGACAACGAACCCCGCAUCGCGGAAAACCAACCACCUGUUGUCCAACCCGCGAGUCUCGCUGCUGGUCCAUGACUGGGUAUCGCAUCGCCCACCAACCCGAGCUCCGACGCACGGUGACCGCGAUGGCUCCCCACCACCCGCUGCUACCCGCUCGUCUCUUGCUAGCCUGCUCCUCAACCUAAACACUAGCGCCCUCUCCAGCAUCUCCACUACCAUUACCGGUGAGGCGAAGUUUUUGGAGUCCGGCUCGGAAGAGGAGUCGUGGUGCAAGGCCCGCCAUUUGGAAAAUAAUACCUUCGAGGAGGAAGAGAUCAACCUCUUCGGUCAGCAGCAACAGGAUCCUAGCCAAAGACGGCCUAGCCUCUCCAUUGAUGGUGAUGUGCGGGUUGUGACUGUAAGAGUUACUGAGGGCCGUAUUGCUGAUUGGAAGGGUGGUGUGCGCGACUGGGUUCUGCUUCCCGCUGAGCAGCAGGAUUCCGGGCUGGUCAAUGGGGUGCCCUCCUCAUAG